AUGUCCAUCAGCAACACCACUACCUGCACCAAUGACAGUACGAGCCACUUCGACAUCAUCCACGUGUGCUUGUACUCCUUCAUCUUCAUCGUGGGUCUUACUUUGAAUGUUAUAGCUCUGGUAUUUUUUUUUUGUCAAAUCAAAUCCAGAUCCCCAACAGUUGUCUACAUGACCAACCUGACCAUGGCGGACUUUUUACUCAUCCUCACAUUGCCAGUGAGAAUCUACUACCACCUUGGAUUCAAAGGCAUUCCUCUGGUGUUGUGUGAUUGCCUUGGCUUGAUCCUGAAGGCCAACAUGUAUGGGAGCAUCUUAUUCCUCGCUUGUAUUUGCUUUGACCGCUGUGUCGCUGUCAGCUUUCCUAUGUCUACAAGAAUUCAGAGAGCAAGACAGAAGUCAUGGUUGAUUUGUCUUGGAGUCUGGAUACUGUCUUUUGGUCCAAGUGUGCCAAUCUACAUCCUCAAGCGUGAAAAUGUUUCUUUAAAUGUUACUAAACAUUGCUUUGAUAACCCACCGGUUUAUGCCACACAACCAACAGUAGUUUUUUCCACUUUAUUUCUGGGGUUUGGGCUCCCUUUAGCAAUUAUGCUAGUAUGCUCCUGGAUAUUGGUUCAUACUGUUCAAAAAAGCACUGUGGCUCAGACAAAUCUGCUGAACAGCAGAAAGAUCCGGAGGAUGAUCGCUUCAAGUUUGCUUAUUUCAGCCUUUAUGGCCAAACAUUUUGUUCCAUCAGUUUACUGGGGAGUUCUCACUAAAAUGCAGGCUCGCCCCACCUGCAUUUGA